CUACGUAAUUUGACGAUCUAAUGUCUGCAGUAAUAGAACACACAUGCUCUUACAUGAACUCCUUGUUACCAAUGCACCUCUGCAGAUCUAAGCUCCCUCUUGAACUUGGUGGUUGAGCUCUUCAAAGCAUACUUCCGUUAUCUCUCAUUUUCUAUGAGAUUUCAAUAUACAACUUUUUGAAAAAGUCAUCUUGUUGGGUGAAUUGUUGGUAAUGGGUGCAAGCUUAAUUCAGUAACACUUUCUAUUUUGUUAGAAAGUAGUAAGGUGUUCUGAAUGGUAAUAUAAAUUCAAGUUCAGAAAAUUUUUAUUACAGGAUAAUCAAUAACAAAUGUCUGGAUCAAACACGACAUUUUUAUUUUUUCGAGGCCCAACGUGAUUCAUCUAAAGUGGCAGUGAUUGGCGUGCCAUUAAUUGAAGGGUGUGAUCCGUGCGAAGUGGUGAUAUGCAAAAUCUUAUGAAUGAAUCAUCCAAAAUAUAGACAUGAUAGGUCAGUAUGACUAAAUCGAUCUAAACCACCAUUAGUAUCCAUCAGGUACAUAUGUGUCAUAGUCCAUUGGUUGUUUCGAGAUCUAGUGAAAGCGCGAGACAAGAUACAAAUCCUAACCUAUACACAGGAUUUUAACUUUUAAAUCUUCCAAUGAAAGGAAAUGACUCUCAUCAUGUUAUAUACUCUUCCAUAUUGACUUGAUCGUUGAAGUGUAGAUCACCACAACCACCCCCGAGUGUUUACCGAAAUUACUGGUUUGUUACAUAAAAAGUAUUGAGUGACCAUUUUGUAAUUGGGUGAAGUCAAGUGAUAUCUUAACAAAUUAUUCGAUAUUUUCUUUGUUUUAUAACCCAGAUCCUCAAACGGUUCACUAAUUCAAAAUCCAGCACAUCACGGCCCUCCAUCUCAGACCCUAUCUUCACUUCUCCACCGUCGGAUCAUCACUUCCUUUCACUUCACAUAUCUCCCUCUCGUAUUUCCCCCCAUCUUCUGAAACACUCGGCCAUUUCAAACGCUUCCCCUUUCUUCCUCCGCGGGCAACUUGCUAAUCUUUCCCUUUCCCCCUCAGCUCGAGACGGAAGCAGUAAAGAUCGCCGGCGAGAAUUAGCCAAAUCCAGUCCGGGGCGAAAAAUGCCUUUCAACUACGAGGCCGCCGCUAGUGCCAUCAAGAGCAAGUUCGGGUUCAACGACCGCUACACCUCGGAGUCCGUGCCGAAUACUCCUCUUCUGCUGAACUCGGCUGCUCAGCAGGACGAGUUUACAUCCGGCAAGCCUCUGUUUGCCGCUUCCGCAGCUCGGAGGAUCGUAGAGUGGGACGAUGAUGAUGACGCUGGUGAAACGAUCGGGUUGCCGAGUCAGAGCUCCGAGCUCGGUGACGAUUCAUCGUUCUGGAAGGACAACAACGUUCAGGUUAUCAUAAGAAUGCGCCCACUGAGUGGUUCAGAAAUUUCCCAGCAAGGUCAUAAAACUUGCGUCCGGCGAGAGAGUCCUCAGGUGAUAGCUUGGACUGGGCCUCCAGAGUCCCGCUAUACUUUCGAUCUCGUUGCAGACGAGAAUGUUAGCCAGGAACAAAUGUUCAAGGUGGCUGGGUUGCCGAUGGUUGACAACUGCAUGGGAGGGUAUAAUAGUUGUAUGUUUGCAUAUGGUCAGACAGGAAGCGGGAAGACUUACACGAUGCUCGGAGACAUAGAAGGAGGUACAAGAAGACACAGUGUCCAUUGUGGGAUGACGCCUAGAGUCUUUGAAUACUUGUUCUCGAGAAUACAAAAGGAAAAAGAUGUUCGGAAAGAUGAAAAACUUAAGUUUGUUUGCAAAUGCUCUUUCCUGGAGAUAUAUAAUGAACAGAUUCUUGAUCUGUUGGACCCAUCUUCGAACAAUUUACAGAUAAGGGAAGAUGUGAAGAAAGGAGUAUAUGUCGAAAAUUUGAAAGAGGUAGAAGUCACCAGCGCUCGAGAUGUAAUCCAACAGCUUAUUGAGGGUGCAGCAAAUAGGAAAGUGGCUGCAACUAAUAUGAACCAUGCAAGUAGUCGUUCUCACAGUGUAUUCACGUGCAUUAUUGAAAGUAAGUGGGAAUCACAAGGUGUAACUCACCACCGAUUUGCUCGACUUAACCUAGUUGAUUUAGCUGGGUCCGAAAGGCAGAAGAGUUCUGGUGCUGAAGGAGAACGACUCAAGGAAGCUACAAACAUUAACAAGUCCCUAUCCACCUUGGGCCUUGUGAUUAUGAAUCUUGUUAGCAUAUCCAAUGGAAAAUCACUCCAUGUUCCAUACAGAGACUCAAAGUUGACAUUUUUGCUUCAGGACUCUCUCGGAGGCAAUUCAAAAACUAUCAUAGUUGCAAAUAUUAGUCCAGCUCUCUGCAAUUCGUUAGAAACAUUAGGCACAUUGAAGUUUGCACAACGUGCAAAGUUCAUUAAGAACAAUGCAAUUGUCAAUGAAGAUACUUCGGGAGAUGUGAUUGGAAUGCGGAUGCAAAUUCAGCAGCUGAAGAAAGAGGUUUCCCACCUACGCAGUUUAAUGAAUGAUGGAGCAGGCAGUUUUGCUGGAAUCGAAGCUUCAGCAGUAAGCAUUGCUGGAUCACCUAGUGCUGGAUCCUUCACUCCUUUUGUCUCUGACAAAAGGGCGUCUCAGAAGCCAGACUAUGAGAUUGCCCUUAUUGGAGCUAUUAGGAGGGAAAAAGAUAAGGACAUGGAAUUGAAGGCACUGAAGGCUGAGAACCAGGCAGUCUUGCAACUGGCUAAGCAAAGAGAAGAUGAGAUACAAGGCCUCAAAAUGAGGUUACGAUUCCGCGAAGCAGGAGUCAAGCGUUUAGAGUCAGUUGCUGCUGGUAAAAUUUCAGCAGAGACACACUUGUUGCAAGAAAAGGAGGAACAAUUGAAGGAGAUUCAACUUCUACGAACGCAAGUAGAUCGGAAUCAAGAAGUUACAAGAUUUGCCAUGGAAAAUUUGAAGCUCAAGGAAGAAAUUAGAAGGCUGAAAUCAUACUCCGAGGAGGGUGAAAGGGAGAUUAUGAAUGAACAGAUCACAGUGUUGCAGAAUAAGUUGCUUGAGGCGCUUGAUUGGAAACUUAUGCAUGAAUCAGAAACCUUCUUCUCUCAGAAGGAAGAUUCAGUCAAGGAAAAAGAUGAGGAUACCGAUUUCUUCAAGUUAAGCAAGGAACCUGGAUCCCCUUGGCGUUUGAAGGAAGAGAAUGAAUUCCUCUGUAUGCAGGCUAUUCAAAACCAGGCAGAAAUAGACACUCUCCAUAAGCAGUUGAGCUUCUGCCUAGAGGAAAGAGACAAACUUGAAAGGCAUGCCAGUGAGUUGGCAGAACAACUUGAAGAAGCCAGAAAACACAUAAAGGAGGAGGAGCCCUCAGUUCGUAUUAACAAUCACGUGGAGCUCAAGUCCAUGGUUGUUGCAAUUGCUGCUGCAACUCAACGAGAAGCAGAAUUAUCUAAUGAGAAUGCCGAAGUGAGAUCAAAGCUCGAAGCUCGGAUCCAAGAAAACGAAGAACUUCAGUCAAAGCUGAAGGCCUUGAUCGAAGAGAAGAACAGUCUCAUCGAGAUGUACGAACGUGCAGCUUCUGAAAUCAAAUACAAAGCUUCGUGUGACAACAUGGGCGUAGACAGCCCAGGCAACAAACCAAAUGGCUCAGAGUCGAGGAAAGCAGUCCUCGAGAACUUAGAGCAGCAGCUUACAGAGAUGCACGAAGAGAACGACAGGUUGCUUGGACUCUACGAAGCUGCCAUGCGCGAGAAGGAUGAACUGAGAAAGAAGUUGCAUGCAUCAGAAGAAGCAAAAUUGAAGCUAGAAACAGCCAAGGAGAAUAAGCUAACGGAUUCUGCCCGAAUUCUGACAGCAAUGGAGGAGGCUUUUACCGAGUUCGACAGAGUCUCCUGUAGAGUGGAAGCCAAGCAACAGGAGCUGAGUUCCUUGGAGCUUCAAUCCAAGGCAUUGCAGCAUACAAAAUCAGUCACGGAGAACAAGUUCUCAGCACUCAGAUGUUCCCUCUCCAGCUUCUCCUCAUCCCUCACCUACUUCGAUCAGCGAGAAGCUCAAGCAAGGGCAAGAGUGAACGCUUCAUCAUCUUACCUCUCCCAAAAGGAAGACGAGCUUGCCCAUCUUCAGGCCGAGAAGACAGAACUCGAGGCUUUAACAACAGGUAACAAGGCCAAACAAUCCCAACUCGAGCUGAAGAGCAAGAUUUCAGCUUUGAGAUCCAAGCUCGACGAAGAGAACCGGCGGAGGGAGAACGAGAAGGUCCUGUUGGCCAUCGACAACAUCGAGAGAGUAGAUGGAGGAGGAGCAUUUGGCAAAGCCACGGAGCUGCUAAAGUCGGAGGAAGAGAAAGCCAAGGUGCAUGCCGAGCUGAAGCACUCCAUCGACAGGCUUGGCUCCAUGAGGAAGGAGGCCGAGGAUUCAAACAGGAAACUGAGCAAGGUCGAGGUCGAGUUGCAGUGCCUUCAGUUGGAAGUGGAGAGAAGCAGGAUGGCAGCAGAGGAAAUGAAGGCUGCAUUCGACAAGGUAGCGGAGGAGAAGGAAGCCGUUCUGGAGAUGAUCGGAAAUGGCAGGUCGGAGCUGGAGCGGAUGGUGGUUGAGUAUCAGCAGGCAGUGUUCGCUGUAGAUUUGAACGAGGCCGAGAUGAAGAUGACGGAGGAGGAAGUGUUGGUGGAGACGGGAAGGAUGGAGGAGUUGAGAGCUCUGAAGUCGGCAGUUGCAGAAGAUGCGAGGAAAGCUUUUGGGAGAGAUGAAGUGUCUUGAACCAGAGCUGUUGCUAACGGCAGAAGUUUAGGUAUUGCUGCUUGGCUUUCAUUUAUCAAACAUGUCGUUUGUCCAACCCAAGCUUGCAUUUGUUUGUACAGCCUCAGAUGUUAUUUUUGCUUGUAAAAUAUUUCAUUUAUUUAUAAGAGUGAUAUAGGUUUAUCGAUAAUAAUAUUUGCCUUCCCUCCUUCAGGGAUGACAAUGUCUCGAUUUAGGCAUAUGUAGUCUAUAUCCAUUAUCAUAUCCCAAUUAAUUCGUGAUUAAUUGUGUUUAUCUUUAAUGGCUUCCACAUUAAGUGAGAAACUCUAAACUGUAACUAAAGUAUUAAAGUAACUUUAAGCUUCAUAGGUGAUGAAACUUACUGAUAGAAAAUUUGAAAGUAGAGCAUUUCUAGGAAACAGAACAAAAAAAAAAAGCGCAACCACCAGCAAGCAAGUUGCAUUGGUGAUAUCUCUGCAGGAGAUCUAAUGAUGACAAGGGGGAAAAAAUGCCUACAAGAUUUUAGCUCUAGCUCUGAGAUCUUCAAUCCAUUAAGUUGCUUCAUUGGUAGAGAAACUCGGCCAUUGUUUCAGCCAUUCUUCUCGUUUGCGUUCUCCUUGUGUCCACUGCAACAGUAGAAGUGUGGCAGCUUUACUCGGCCACAAACCCUGCAUGAACCGGACAAUAAACCAUUAUUAUCAGACCAGGGAAAUUUUUAGGCAGUGAUUUUACGAAGAUGAUAUAGUUUGACACUGCAAGAGGGCCAAGAAACUCGGUUCAAACAGCAAAAUAGUUUUCCGGAGAAGAAAAGAAUGUCAUUGUGGUUUUAACUCCAUUUUCAAAGAUCGUGGCAUUUGAUUUGGUGAUAACUCUAAGAACAAGAGAGGAAAACACGAAGCAGAAGUUGUUCCUGACAUUCUACACCAAGUUUCGGGGGGAAAACAGUCAACAGAAACACCUCAAAGCGAAUAUCUAUGUUUACCCAUUCAUGACAAUGAUGUUUAAGAAAUAAGAAGCUUAAACGUUUCCUAAAGAUUCAAAUUCUGAAAACGAUAUGGUAAUCAACAAUCUGACUUUCUGCACACAUGCUGUACAAGCUCCAACACCACAUGUGUAGUAACUCAGACUAGCCAAUGAAAAUUCGAAGUUCCGGCAAUCAUUAUAAGAUACAGCUAGGGAGUAGUAAUCCUCACUAUCAUUAACAAUGAGAGGCUGAAUUCCUUACCGGCAGCGAAUAAUCACAGGUGUUGGCU